CCCCCUCCUGAAGCGGAAGUCCCGCCUCUCUGGUAGCCCGCCCCUGACCCUAGCGCGGGGCGGGGCAGAGUCCGGUGUCCGUCAGUGCAGCAGCAGCCGCGAGCAUGGCUGCCCCAUCUGGAGAGCAGAUUUACAGAGAGGUGCAGGAUUAUUAUGGUGAAGAUUUGCAGAAAUCAGAGGAUCUGCAAACCAACGCCUGCGUCACCUUGGCUAGGCCUUUGCCCACGUUCAUAAAGGAGGCUCUGAAGUGUGUCCAUGAUGAUGUUGUGUCAAGGUACUAUGGCUGCGGCCUUGUGAUCCCAGAGUGCCUGGAGACCUGUUGGAUAUUGGAUCUGGGGAGUGGGAGUGGCAGGGAUUGCUAUAUGCUGAGUAAACUGGUUGGAGAGAAAGGGCGUGUCACUGGAAUAGACAUGACCGACGCCCAGGUGGAAGUGGCAAAGAAGCACAUUGACUAUCACAUGAAGAAAUUUGGCUACCAGGUGCCUAACGUGGACUUCAUCCAUGGCUACAUGGAAAAGCUGGGAGAUGCUGGCCUUAAAGAUGAGAGUUAUGAUAUAGUUAUCUCAAACUGCGUAAUUAACCUCUCGCCUGAUAAGAGAACAGUCCUGCAGGAGGCCUAUCGAGUGCUAAAGGCUGGUGGAGAGAUGUAUUUCAGCGAUGUCUAUGCCAGCUGUGACCUGCCUGAGGACAUCAGGAAACACAGGGUCCUCUGGGGCGAGUGCCUGGGAGGAGCCCUGUGGUGGAAAGACCUCUACAGAAUUGCUGAGGAAGUUGGAUUCUGCCCACCGCGCUUGGUGACCGCCAGCCGAAUAACCAUCAAUAACAAGGAACUGGAGAGCGUCGUUGGUGACUGUCAGUUUGUCUCUGCGACUUUCCGUCUCUUCAAAGUACCCAAGAAAGGCCCGGCCGAGCAGUGCCAGGUUAUUUACAACGGUGGGAUCACCGGGCAUGAGAGAGAGCUGGAGUUUGAUGCCAAUUUCACAUUCAAGGAAGGGGAGGUUGUGGAAGUGGAUGCAGAAACUGCAGCCAUUUUACGGAGCUCCAGGUUUGCCGAGGAAUUCCUGAUCCGACUGGCUGCAGGGAGGGCACCUGGAGGCUGUUGUCCUGCAAAAGUAAAGGAAAAGAUCGUUGAUCCAUUCCAAUUAGUGGAGCAUCUGGAAGCAAAGGACCUUGCUCUCAAGCCAGCGGGCUGCUGUGGCCCCAAAGGGUGCUGCUGAAAAGCUGAGUACCUAGCAGCAGGAACCAGCAGAGCAGAGGCUGAAGAAUCAGAGCUGUUUUUGUUACUCAUCACUGAGCAGCAAUUAAAAAUUAAUAGCAGGGGUAAUGAAGCUGAGCACUUCACGGCUUCACAGCACUGCACAGGUACUGCAGAAUGCGAUGAAAUAAACCCCAGCUGUCCCCUGGGUUCCAGCCCUGGUGCAUGGCCGCAAUCAGAA